AUGCAAUCUGUCACUGCUGUAGCUAGAACAACUCUCCUUCGAUCAACAGUCAGACAAAGCACUCGAACAGCAGUCACACCAGUUCGUUAUCUCUCGUCUUCGCGCUCCACUUUACACAUUCCAAGAACCACUUCGAGAAAUCACAAGAUGGCUUCCAUCGUCCAAUCUGCCGCUGCCGCUGCUCACUCUGCAUUCGCUACCGUCGCCUCUGCCUCCCAGAUCAAAGCUGGAGACAGCGUCCCCAACGUUGAAAUCAAAGUAAACGACUUGGAAGACAAGGUCAACUUCUCCACUCUCCAAGGCAAGAACAUCCUCGUCCUUGUUCCCGGAGCUUUCAGUGGGACUUGCAACAGCCAAGUUCCGGGCUACAUUGACCGAUACGAUGAAUUCAAGAGCAAGGGUGUCGAAAACGUCUACAUCGUCGCUGUCAAUGACAUGUUCGUGAUGCAAGCUUGGAAGAACAAGCUCGCCAAGGACAAUGGCAAGGAAACUCUCCCCCUGCUCUUUGCUGGAGAUGACGCUGGAAAGCUCGCAUCUUCCCUUGGAAUUGUCUUUGAUGCUCAGGCCGUCUUUGGAGGUCCUCGAUUCAUGCGAGCUGCUCUCGUCAUCGACUCGGGCAAGGUCGUUCACGUCGGCGUCGAGAAGUCUCCUGGUGACAUCACCGUCUCUCACGCGGACGACAUCAUCUCCAAGCUCUAA